AUGCAUACAAGUAAAAUUGUGCAAUUUAUCAAACAUCCGCUUGAACUAAAAGCUGCUUUAAAGAUAAAACUCUUCAGAACUCCUUUAUAUCAGGUAGAUAACAGUCAGGACUCUAAGGAUUUAAAGAGAUGUUAUGAGCUAUUAGCGCAGACUUCUAGGUCUUUCACCGCAGUGAUUAAGGAACUUCAUCCUGAAUUACGUGAUGCGGUUAUGUUAUUUUAUUUAAUUUUGAGAGCAUUGGAUACGAUGGAGGACGAUAUGACGAUUGAUCCGGAGGUAAAAGUACCAUUACUGAGGACUUUUCAUGAGAAGUUAGACUUGGAGGAGUGGAAUUUCACUGGUAACUCGGAGGGCGAGCGCUACCGGCAAGUUUUGGUGGAGUUUGACUGUAUUCUACGGGAAUACCAUAAGUUGAAACCUGAAUAUCAAGAAAUCAUUCAGGUCAUUACCAAAAAGAUGGCUUACGGUAUGGCGGAAUAUAUACUGGACGAAAAGUUCAAUUUGGAUGGGUUAGACACAGUGAAGCAUUACGACCUGUACUGUCAUUACGUGGCGGGUCUGGUUGGAGAAGGGCUUACGCAAUUGCUGGUGCUUGCUAAAUUUGCCACUCCCGACCUCUAUGAAGAGUACCCUCAGCUUUACGAAAGCAUGGGGUUGUUCCUGCAAAAGACGAAUAUUAUCAGGGAUUAUGCUGAGGAUUUGGAAGAGGGACGUUCCUUCUGGCCCAGAGAAAUCUGGUCUCAGUACGCUUCCCAACUGGCUGAUUUUUCGAAACCAGAAAAUACUCAGCAAGGUGUAUACUGUAUUAAUCAUCUCGUUCUUAAUGCAUUGAGCCAUGUUAACGAUGUCUUAACUUAUCUGUCUUCUGUGAAAGAGCCUUCUUGCUUCCAGUUUUGUGCAAUUCCACAGGUAAUGGCCAUUGCUACGUUAUCGCUUGUCUUUGGCAACCAAGACACCUUGCACAGAAAUGUUAAAAUCAGAAGAGGCACAACUUGCUACUUAAUCUUGAAGUCGAGGACAUUCUCGGGAUGUAUAGAGAUAUUCAAGUACUAUUUGCGUGAAAUCAGAAACCAAUUGAUAGUGGAUGAUCCUAACUACUUGGAACUAAACAUUCAAAUAUCCAAAAUUGAACAAUUCAUAGCAGAAAUGUACCAGUAUAAUUUACCACCGUCAGUUGAGCCCAAGGAACUUCCAAUUUACCAGAAGGUCAAAGAGCGUUCCGCAUAUGACCUCGAAAUGUUGCCAAAAGAGCAGGAAGAAGAGUUCAAGUUCAACAUGGCGUUGUCGAUGUUAAUCACGUUCUUAGCUGCUAUCUUUUACCAUAUUCUCUAA